GGGCGGAGCAGGCGGCACCAGGACCCGGGGGAACCGCGGCAGGCGGGUGGCGAGCAGGCCCGGGGGCCGGGAAGCUGCGGGCGGCGGCGCUGGGCCCGGCGUGGCGAGAGAGGCCCUGAGAUGCCGAGCAAGAAGAAAAAGUAUAACGCGCGGUUCCCGCCGGCGCGGAUCAAGAAGAUCAUGCAAACUGACGAAGAGAUUGGGAAGGUGGCGGCGGCAGUGCCUGUCAUCAUCUCCCGGGCGCUCGAGCUGUUCCUAGAGUCGCUGUUGAAAAAGGCUUGCCAGGUGACCCAGUCCCGAAACGCCAAGACCAUGACCACAUCCCACCUGAAACAGUGCAUUGAGCUGGAGCAGCAGUUUGACUUUUUAAAGGAUCUGGUGGCCUCUGUGCCUGACAUGCAGGGAGACGGGGAAGACAACCACAUGGAUGGGGACAAGGGUACCCGCAGGGGUCGGAAGCCAGGCAGCAGUGGCCGGAAGAAUGGUGGGAUGGGAAGCAAAAGCAAGGACAAGAAGCUGUCAGGGACGGACUCAGAGCAAGAGGAUGAGUCUGAGGACACAGACACUGAGGGAGAAGAGGAGGCACCCCAGGCGCCACCCCAGGCUGGCCAUCCCCCUGCCCACUUUCAGAGCCCCCCGACACCCUUCAUGCCCUUCACUUCGACUCUGCCUCUGCCCCCAGCACCCCCGGGCCCCUCAGCACCUGACGCAGAGGAUGAAGAGGACUAUGACUCCUAGCGGCCUCUGCCCCCCCCCCAGGCCACACCCCCUUUUAGUUGGUUUUAGUUGCUCUGGGGGGAGGAGAGAAGAUAGAGCUGUUCUUAAAUUUAUUAAAAAAUUAAUAAAAGGGAACACCAGUGUCUGUCCCA